ACUGUUUAGGAUUCAGUGCAGCUUGCGGCACCAGAGCAAGCAACAGAUUUUUAUAUUUUAUUAAUUCGUAUGAAAUAGCUAUGAAAUCAGUUUCAUAAAAUGCGACUUGUUAUACAUAGUUUAGUUUUCCUGUGUGGUAUAUGUUUGUGCAGUGGAGGAUAUGGAGAAUUUCCAGAUGCGCAAUCGGAUGUGGGGGCUCCGGCAUACGUGCCUGCAUAUUUGAAACAUCAACAGUUCUCUAAAACCGGGUACUCCGGUACAAAAACCGGUUAUUCUGGCACUAAGACUGGUUAUGCGGGUACUAAAACUGGAUAUCCUGGCACCAAAACCGGUUAUGCUGGCACGAAAACGGGAUACGCUGGCACCAAAACUGGAUACGCUGGGACCAAAAAUGGUUAUUCCCCAUACGGAGAGAAAAAGACUUGGGACACCAGCUACGGUUAUGGCCAUGGGCCUUCAUACCAGGACUUCCAGAACAGUGCCAAUCGGCCCUACCAGGCAAAAUGCUUCCCCGAAUGCAAGAACAACGGCAUCUGCGUGGCGACGAACACCUGCCAGUGCCCGGCCAACUUCCACGGCAACUACUGCGAGUUCGAGAAGAAGCCAUGUUUAGUCCAUCCGCCGCUGCCGAUGAAUUCACAUAGGAACUGCUCCUCGGAUUUCUGCACAAUAAAAUGCAUGGCGGGCCACAAGUUCAUCGACGGCUCCACUGUGGCCAACAUGCGGUGCAACGAAGGCCAGUGGCAGCCGACGCGCGCUGACUUCACAACCAUACCGGACUGCCUGCCGGAAUGCACGCCGACUUGUGAGAACGGAGGCGUGUGUCUCGCUCUCAACACCUGCCAGUGUGCUGAAGACUUUAGGGGACCGCAGUGCCAGUAUGCUGCCAGCGUGUGUGACGUGCGAAAGCUGGCUUUCAACGGCGGGUACAGUUGCUUCGGCGACGGCGAGAAGUUCUCGUGCAAGCUGAACUGUCCCUCAGGCUCUACGUACAGUUCACCACGAGCGGAACUGUAUACUUGCCUGUACUCGACCGGGGUGUACCAGCCGCAGCCGAUACCGCACUGUGUCUUCAAUGACGUCUUUGUCGUUACUCCUACAAACUACAGCAGCCACUACGAAAGCCACAGUUGGUCAUCCUCAAGCCACACCCACGGCGGUGCUAGCGGUGGGUCGGAAGGGUCCUACGGGUCGCACCACGGGUCUGCGACCUUCGGCCAAGGGUCGCACGGGUCGGGAGGUGGCUCGUACGGCUCUGGUGGACAUUCUACGCAAAUGGUGGUGCAGGACUUGACUCCUAAAGGAGGCACUUGCUUGACCUGGGCCGGCGAGCAUUAUAAGACGUUUGAUGGGAAGAUUUAUAGCUUCAAAUCGCAAUGCCAGCACAUCCUGGUCCGCGACACGCUUGAACACAAAUACACGGUGGCGGUGCGGCCCGGCGCGUGCGCGCGCGCUUACUGCCCCUCCGAGAUCACCAUCUACUUGGAGGAGAAGGCCUACACCCUGUCUGUACACCCGGAGAUCACCAUCUACUUGGAGGAGAAGGCCUACACCCUGUCUGUGCACCCGAAUAAGCAAAAUUAA